CGACAGUCCCGUCACACGCUGGCGAUAAAGAUGAAUUAGGAACUGGACCAACUUGGACCGCUUGGACAGCCGGGUCCAUGAAAGAAAAAGUCUGGGUCCAAACGGUGAACUUGGUGCGCCCGCCUGUCACAUGAAAUACUACUUUCCUGGCAUUCCAUCACCGCAUUCCUCCUUUUCCCACCACAAUCUCUCGCCUUUUCUUCCUCGCCUUCCAUCAUUGCCAUUGCCCCCGCCCAGGUAUAUAUUUCAGGUCUACAAGAUGCCUACCUCCAACGUAGUGAACGGCGACUCCCCUCACUCCGCUACCAUCAGGCACCUUCUCACAUACCCCUGCGUCCAAGAUGGUGUGAGAACAGUCAAAUCGACUUCCGUCGGCUCCAAGGCCGUUGACCUCAGCAAUGGUGUCUACCAAUCCCUCGCCCAGAACGUAUUCCCCUACCUCGCCGGCCCUUACUCAUUUGUCGCCCCCUACGUGGAACGAGUCGACAGCGUCGGCGACAAGACCCUCGAGGUCAUCGAGGAGAAGUUCCCUGUCGUGAAGAAGCAGCCGGGCGAGAUCGUCGAGGGAACCAAACAGAUGAUCUUCUCUCCUUAUCACGCCGGCCGCUCCGUGAAGGAAUACGUUCUCUCCAUAUUUGAGACCAAGAAGCAAAGCUGCGGCGACUCCUGGACCGCCUACCCCACGGCCGUUGUCGCCACGACCUUCUACCUCAUCGGUGAGACAGCCAUCAACGCCGGGGAUUACAUCAUCCACAAGAAGGAGGAGGAGGAAGGCAAGACGGGCGCUCAGAGGCCCGCUCAGAGACCCGCCAACGCCAACUAG